AUGUUAGAACUGAAGGGCCUAUUGUGCUCAAGCCCCUUCAAACUCGGCGUCGAGGAAGGUGGAAAUGUUGUUAAAGGUCAGCGACCUGCCCUGGAGGAGGUGCCGGUGUCGGAGGACUUCGGUGCUGAACAUCGGGAGCACUUGUGUGCCAUCAUGCAGGCAUGCUGGACCGAGGAUGCGGAUGAGAGGGAGUCCGCGGCCGGCGCCGCUUCGCGGAUUGAAGCUCUCCUUGCAUGA